AUGGUGCUCGCGCUGGCACCGCUCUCGCGCACCGCUCUCGCGCCUCCUCGCGCGGCCGUCGUCCUGCAGGACCCCUCGUCCAAGGCGCUCGACAGCACGCCUCCCGUCUUUUCCGUGGUCGAAGACACCGUCCCGGUUCCCGACCCGCCCAACUUCUCUCCGAACGCAUAUGUGCAAACCUUGCCCGGAAUCUCUGGCCCGCUCGGCUUCUUCGACCCGGCAGGGUUCUGCGGCGACAACAAUGGCGCCGACGGCAGCGCCACCCUGGGCAAGGUGAAGUUUUACCGCGAGGUCGAGCUGAAGCACGGCCGCGUCGCGAUGCUCGCUUCGCUUGGCUUCCUAGUGGGUGAGAACUUCCACCCACUCUUCGGCGGCAACAUCGACGUGCCGUCCUACGUUGCGUUCCAGCAGACGCCGCUGCAGGUCUUCUGGCCGGCCGUCGUGUUUGUGAUUGCGAGCCUGGAGGUCUUCAGCGUCUUUACGUUUGAGGACCCCAACGUCGAGGGCUGGGCGAUCCGGGCCGACCAUGAGCCCGGCACGCUGGGCAGCAACAACCGCCGCUGGGACCCGCUCGGCCUGGCGCCGUCUGACCCGGCCGAGUUCAAGGCGAUGCAGACGAAGGAGCUGAACAACGGCCGGCUCGCCAUGAUUGCCAUCGCCGGCAUGAUCGCGCAGGAGCUCGUCACGAAGACCAAGCUCUUCUGAUUCACGUGUGUGCGGCAUGUUUGGUGUGGUGGCGGUCGGAAUGUACAUAUGCACAUAUCCCGCGCGCGCACACUCUCUCUCGCUCUCUCGCGUUGUCCAAAACUUUCGUCUGUGGGUGCCAUGGAGACUACAACAUCAAAAA